UCUGUGGUCAGAUCUCUCAACAGAGCCACCAAAGCCUCCAUAAAGAACAAGAUGGAGGAAUGCGAAGAGAACAAGCAGCAAAAUGAGGAAUCUAGUGACAGUGUUAAAGCCGUCUCUGCUGUGCCUACAAAGACCUGGGGCUUCCGACGGACCACCAUAGCCAGGCGAGAGUUCAUGGAGGAGAUAGGUAACCUCAACAUCAAAGACAUUACGCCUCGCCGUCAGACCAGGGGCAGGGGGAGGGGGCAAGGGAGAGGUCAAGCCAGCCAAGCCCCUGUCACCAGUCCCUCUGACACAAGACGACUGAGAGGGCGUAGGAGUGCCCGAGCACAUUUAGAGGCAACAACUCUAUCCCAAACACCUCCCGACGAAGAGACAACCUCCGAGACAAGUUUAGACAGAGAUAUUGUUGAUGUCAAAGGAACCCUAGAAAAAAUGGAGUUGACAGCUAGUCCCCAGCAGCCUGUCACAGAGGAAGCACCGAAGGUCAGUGCUGAUGCUGUCGGCAAGGAUGACGUGUCUGACAGAGCUGAGGAUAGCGAUGAUCUGACACUGAAGGAAGUCAUACAGAAAGUCAAGAACAGACACAAGCACGAAGAAUCCAGGAGUCAGACCAGUCCUGAACUUCAGCUGGAUCCUAACUUGGAUGAAGUGAGUAAAGAUACUCAGGAGGUUAAAGAAAAUGCAGCCCCAAAACAGGCAAAAUGUAGGAAAAAGUCUGCGCAAACAAAGCAAAAUACUGAGGAAGAUAUGAAGAAAUGCAAGGUUGAUGAAGAGUCACUUGUAACAGAAGGGACUUCUGUUGAUAGCAGUAGUGAAGCAUGUGACCCAAAUGCUUUGUACUGCAUCUGUCGACAGAAACACAACAAAAGGUUCAUGAUCUGUUGUGACCGCUGUCACGAGUGGUUCCAUGGCGACUGCGUCGGCAUUACGGAGGCUCGAGGUCGCCUCCUAGAGGAGAACGGAGAGGACUACAUCUGUCCCAAAUGCUCCCCUAGUCAGAGUCCAGUUCAGGACCUAAUAGAACCGGUUUUAUUAAAGUUUGCCUUAAAGCCGCUGUCUGACAGGCUGGCGUCAGCCUCUUCUGAAGAGGACAAACCUUGUGAGAAUCAGGGCAUCAAAGGGAAGAUUAGGAAAGCCAGCGGUCUUGGCAACAAGAAGAAAAUCAAGAUAUUUCACUCGGUAAAACUGUUUGUCGUUUUUUGUCUUCAGAGACAUCAUUUCUUCAAAUUAGAGAGAGAAGUGAAGGAAGAGGAGGAUGGGUCACCACUGCCUCUGUGCAUUGGUCUGGGCUGCGGUAAGAAUGCCCUGCCAGAUUCUGUCUACUGUGGCCAUGAGUGCAUCCUCCAGCAUGCUGCAGUGGCCAUGCAGUCUCUGUCUGAGCCCAAAGCCAAGCCAGAUAUACAGGCUAAAGUAACCACCAACCCUGCCCCCCAGGGUUGGAGGAAAUCACUUCCGGGGACUCUCUCCCAGAGGAAGUUGACAGAACCACCUAUUGACAAAGGUGAGGAGCUAGAAGAGGAUGCUGUUGCCGAGAAACAGGAGACAGAUGCUGCUCCUGUGUCCAGUGAGUCGGAGCACAAGGCAACAGCGGCUCCGCAAAUGGCAGCUAUUACAUCAUCAGUGUUUUACAAAUCGUGUAUGUAUCUACCAGGGAUCCUCAUACAUUCUCACAUACAUUCUAUAGUUCACCAACACUUUCCAGAGUUUUUCCGAUACAACCAAAUUUUUUUAGCUGUGAAAGAGAGAGAAAAGGUGGAAUCUAGUACAGAUCCAAACACUCUUCACAGCCAGUGUCUACCACAGUCAACCACACCAUCAGAUGGAUCAACGGAUGACAAGAUUCGUCCAGCUCCAUCUGUCAAGAAACUCAUUUCUAAUCCUGCUGCUGGCAGAGCCAAAAAAACUAUGCCAGGGUCACCUCGCCUUUCUGCAGCACGGCAGCAAUUGAUGGGUUCUGUACAAGUCAGCAAAAGUACCAAAAAGGAUUCACCACGAUCAGAUGCCCCAGCACACCUUUCCCACACAAUUUCUUCCUCGGCCACUGAGGUCAGAAACCUUCCAGUGUCCCCUGCCCCACUUCCACCAACAGGAUCCCUCGAAACCCACCCAAACAUCCAGAUCAGACAGAACAUCCGACGUUCCCUCACUGAAAUUUUGCUCGAAAGGGUGUCCAACUGUGAAAAUCUGGAAAUGCCUGAGAGUGAAAUUGGAAAGCUGGCACAGAACAUUGAGAAGGAAAUAUUCAAUAUGUAUUUUACUACUGACCAAAAAUACAAGAAUAAGUACAGGUCCCUUAUGUUCAACCUCAAAGACCACAAGAAUAAGGGCCUGCUGUCCCAGGUUAUCAAAGGAGAGAUCUCUCCAUUUAAACUUAGCAGACUGAGUCAGCAGGAACUGCAAUCCAGAGAGCUUUGGGAUACUUCUCAUUCUACAGAGGCACCUACUUCUAACUCUCAGCCAAAACCUGCUUUGAGAGAGGAACACUCUCAAUCUGUGGACACGAAGGAAUCUUCUCUAGUAUCUGAGCGAGAACUAAGUAAAUCUGAUUGCCCCCCAAGAGCAUCUGACACAUCUUCCACAUCAGAAGCAAAAGUGCCAACAAACAAGGCAGCACAGCUCAAGAAGUCUAGCUCUUCUGUUCUUGACCUUCUCAGCAGCAUGCUUAAAGACACAACAUCAGAGCAUCGAACACAUCUGUUUGACCUUAAAUGUAGGAUAUGCACAGGUCAGAUAUCUGCUGAUGAGGAGCCUCCACCUAAGAAAUCAAAAAAGGCAGAGCAAAAAGAGAGCGAGGAGGCAGCUACACCUCAGAUAGUCCACACUGUGGAAGAGAACCCAGAGCCAGCUCCAUCAGAAUCGGUUUCACCCCUCAUCAUUGAAUCUCCUGCUUCCCCAGUUGCAGAGCAUUCCAGUGCUGAGAUUGCAUCCCCGGAAUUCGCACCAGUGGUGAUCCCUGGUGUGUCCACCAUGUCUGUUACAGGACGGGAUCCUCGCACUAUGGCUUACCGCCCUGCUCCAUCCUCUAAAGUAAUCCCAGCUGCUUCUUCAACUCAAACCCAAAUGCCCCCUGUAAAAGAAACCAUUUCUGAGGCCAAGCCUAUGCAGCCCUUGCACCCACCCCUGCCCCCUCCCCCUACAAUUCCCAAAUCAAUUCUUAUGAAACCGUCCUCUUCCUCAGUCUCAAGGUUCACCUCUUCAUCGGGAUCUUCUUCCAGGUCGUUGACCUCACAUGUCCCUGCUGACAGAGAAACCAGUCAGUUCUUGUCUAAGCAGGACACAGUAUGGAAAGGCUUCCUCAACAUGCAAACCGUAGCCAAGUUUGUCACAAAGGGCUAUCUGAUAUCUGGGUCUGCUGACUAUCUAAAGGAGGACUUACCAGAUACCAUUCACAUUGGGGGUAGAAUCAUGCCUCAAAUGGUGUGGGAUUAUGUAGACAGAUUAAAGACGUCUCCAACAAAGGAACUCUGUAUGAUUCGCUUCCAUCCUGCAACAGAGGAAGAGGAAGUGGCAUAUGUCUCCUUAUUCUCUUACUUCAAUAGUCGCAGAAGAUUUGGUGUAGUCUCCAACAUUUGUAGUCACAUUAAGGAUCUCUACCUUAUCCCUCUGAGUGCUAAAGAAUCCAUUCCAUCAAUACUCUUGCCAUUUGAAGGUCCAGGUUUGGAGCAAAAUCGUCCCAAUCUUCUCAUUGGCCUUGUUAUCUGCCAAAAAACAAAGCGUCCUGGAGCCUUGUCACAAGAAGUAGAGGAGAAGAGACCCAAAAUUGAGAUUCUUCAGGAUCCAAAGAUUGCUAGUCUUCCCACUCCACCCGAGGUCCCGAAACCAGAUAUAAGACUCUAUGGUUCCCAGUCGAUGGAACUGGAGAUCCCAUCAAGCACAACACCACCUGGAUCUCCCCCUCAUACUGGAUCACCAGACUCUGACAACUCACUCUCCAGUCCGUCUACUCUUACAGGGUUUAUGUCUGUAAUUAAAGCCCCCAAUUCUGUCAGACUUGACCAUGGCAAAAUAAGUCAUCCCUCUUCAUCCUCUGAGGCUGAGUCCCCAUCUACUUCCACUCCUCUUCAGACUAUCCUUACCACACUGUUUGGAAGAAAGAAUCAGGACCCUGAGGCUACAGUAAAUGUCUCUAAACCAAGUUCCUCCACAGACAGUGAGCCUGUUGCAUCCUCCACCACACAUAAUGACCCAAUUGUUCAACAGUACCAACAUACUUUAAAUGAACCAAUGAUGGAGACAUUAGAAUUAGACUAUGAUAGGCCAUAUGACCCAGAGGAGGAAUAUAAUCCAGCCCUGCGGUACGGCACUCUCACUCCUGUGAGACCCCCUGAAGAUUUUGAGGGUAAAACCUUAUCAGCAGUGGAACAGAUUGCUGAUAGUGAUGACAAUAGACCUUACGACCCAGAGGAGGAGUACAGUUCUGCAGGUCCAGCCAAAGCCUCAGAGAUUAAUACUGCACCUUUGGAAUCUGCCGUGAAUGAUGACAUAGCUUAUGAUCCAGAGGAUGAGAGCAUAUUUGAGGAAAUGAAAAAUAACCUAGCUGGAAAUACAAAAUCUUCUAACAGUGACUAUGGAAUCAGCUCAACAGCGACGUUAUCUGAACAACAAAAGAUGCUGGAGGAAUUGAAUAAACAGAUUGAGGAACAGAAACGCCAGUUAGAACAACAAGAGGAGGCCUUACGCCUACAAAAAGCAGCAGUAGGCAUGUCCAUGGCACACUUCUCAGUUUCAGAUGCCCUGAUGUCUCCACCCCGUACACCGUCACUUGAUAACUAUCAGGCAUUCCAGUUUGGAAGAGAAGCGGAGGAGAAGGCAAUUAAAACCACAGAUUCUUCAAUCAUUGAUCAGAGCAGGGAUCCCAGGCAGAGCAGGGACGCUAAGAAGGCUAUUCUCUCUAUUUCUCAAAAUUUUGUGACUGAAUCUUGUGAGAGAGAAAAGUCAGACCAGACAGAAAAAAGCUCUCAGAGCGGUUCACACAACUCCUCAGUCCAAGUGGCAUUUCAGUUUGAGAGUGAAAUCCAGUCUGCCAAAUCGAAAACGAUUAUGGACACUAAGGAAAGGGAUAAUGCCUCUCAGGGAGAGCCUGAGCAGUUUCACCAUCGGAAGCAGCCACCUCUUGGGCCUCCUAGAAUAUGGAGGAGUGAUCUCAGUCAGGGUGGUGACGACAAAUCUGAGUGCAGAGGUCAGAGGCCACCCCACCCUGAGAUGUCUCAGGAUUCAGGGCCAUCUCAAAACAUAGGGCCAAGAUGGCCAUGCCCAGGACAGUUUGAAGGACACAGUUACCCUCCUGAUAAUUGCUUUGAGAGACAAAAUGACUCACCACAGCUAAGGUAUGAUGGCCCACCUCCAAGAUUUAAUGAGUCUGGGCCAAGGGGGCCUCCUCAUGGACGAUUUGAGAAUAGAUUUCCUUCACCACCACAUUUUGAUGGGCCGAGAGGAUUCACUUCUCAGCAAUGUAAAAAACCAGGAUCUCAUCCGCCCAAACAGAGAGGCGCAAACAAUCAUGUGUUUUUUGAUACAGACAGCUGCUCCAGUCAGGAGGGGGAGAUAAGACCUCUAAGAGAGCCAAGCCCUCCACAUUUGUUGAGACAAAAUCAACCCUGCCAACAAGACAGCUCUGAGGAGCAUAGACACCCAGUGGAAAGAGACUUGCAAGGACCACAUCAGUUUGAAGAAUAUAAAGGACAAAAUAUGCAAAGGGGGCAGAGAGGACCUCAUUUUGGCAAGCAUGACAAGUUUGAGCAUGGUAGAGGCUUUGUGAGAGGUGGGGGAAGGGGAGCUUUUGGCUUCAGAGGUCAGCAGGCGCCAUCUCCUCAUUUUCAUGGUCAGAGGAUGCCAUCACCACAGCAUAGAGGGUCAUUUGAAGAUCAGAAUAAUCCUCAUUCAUCUGGCUUUCAUAACCAGCUUGGGCCUCCUCAGCACAACAGGCCAAGGGGUCCCUCUCCAGGGCAGUUCCAGAAUAAACGGGGACAACUGAGGCCCAGUUUUGAUGGUCCAAAUAUUCGUCCAUUGCGCCACUCUGGGCCUUUGCUUCCUACUCCCACCCAAGGGCCUAUUCAGAUGUUGAGCCCUCUGGGACAAGGUCUGGAUGCCCACCAAGAAUGCAGUUGGCCACAGGAAAAGUUGCCCAGCACAAGAUGGGGGAGUGACAGCAGAGAAAAUCUCAAAGCAUUAAAGUCUGGGGAAAGACUGAAAAAUGCUGGAAGUGAAGAUCCAAGCAGUCCAGUCCAAGGGAGAUAA